CAAAGCCAGUUGUGGUAUGGAUCAGCGAGGCUUGGGGAGGGUUAAAAAUAAUCACCUGCAGUUGAAAUGAGACGUGGGAAGUAGGAAGUGCUGCAGCUUAAGCUUCCUGUAUAAAUAAGUGUAGCUUUCUCACAGCUCCUGAUAUGUGUGGCGACAUACGUUUGAAGAGAUAAUGGCAACAUGCUCUUAAUAGUAGGGAGGAGAUUAUUCCUCAGAGCACUGAGAGGGUUGGACAAUGAGUCCUCUUUCAGACCUGUAAUGUGUCAAGCUUUCAAGCUGUGGAGGAAGGAAGAAGGAAGGAAGGAAAGAAGAAAAGAAGGAGAGAAAUAUGUUUUUUCAGACUCCGAGCUGGUGCUGGCUGUGACAUGUCUUGGAAGCACUGAAGUGUGAGUGAAGCUAUUGAAAAGUCAAACGUCUGGGAGUGAAUUCUGCUUUCCGUCCGCAAGACUUGGUAAAGGUGAUGGCCUCUCCUGGAAAGAUUUGCCACUGCACCAUGAUGACUGGAAUAUCAGAGGUUGGGGAAUUAUCCUUGGAGCCUUUGGUUACUUGCAAAUUGUGCUUAUCUGAAUAUUCGCUGGAUAAAAUGACUUCUCUGCAAGACUGCAGCUGCAUCUUUUGUACAUCGUGCCUAAAACAAUAUAUGCAGUUAGCCAUUCGGGAAGGUUGUGGUUCUCCUAUCACUUGUCCAGACAUGGUGUGCUUAAGCCGGGGGACUCUGCAAGAAACUGAGAUUUCCAGAUUAGUUCCUGCUGAUCAAUUUCAGUUAUACCAGCGACUGAAAUUUGAAAGAGAAGUGCAUCUGGAUCCACUAAGAACCUGGUGCCCCUCUGCUGAUUGUCAGACUGUGUGCCAAAUUGAACCCAAUGCAUCUGAAUUACCAGUGCCUGUAAAGUGCCAGUCUUGCUACUUGACAUUCUGCUCAUCAUGCAAAGAACCCUGGCAUCUAGAGAGAUCGUGCCUGGAAAGCCAUCUUCUUGUAGUACCAAAUGAGCAAGGAGCACUUAUUCAGACUGACACGGAAGCUCCAAUUAAGCAGUGCCCAAUUUGUCGCAUCCAUAUAGAACGGAAUGAAGGCUGUGCUCAAAUGAUGUGCAAGAACUGCAAGCACACAUUUUGCUGGUACUGUCUGCAAAAUCUGGAUAAUGAUAUCUUCCUAAGGCAUUACGACAAAGGUCCCUGCCGAAACAAACUGGGCCAUUCCCGUGCCUCUGUUAUGUGGAACAGAACACAGGUUGUUGGGAUUCUUGUAGGCCUGGGCAUCAUUGCUCUGGUGACCUCACCCCUACUGCUCCUAGCCUCACCAUGCAUUAUCUGCUGUGUUUGCAAAUCCUGCCGAAGCAAGAAAAAGAAACAUGUCCCAUCAACAACUUAAAGUUUUCCACCUGUUAUGUAUGAACAUCUACUUAAUCUGCAUCAGGGAGAGGACAUGAGGGCGCACCUCGGAUGCCAGUGCUUUAACAACCAAUUCUUCUCUUUGCCAACUUCUGCAAAAAGUGCCUACUGUAUCACAGGACACCGCGUUGUUUGCAAGUUGUACUUCACCAGUGGGCGGAAUGUCUGCUCUUGGUUGUGUUCUGUUUUUUUUAAAAAGAGAUGGAUAUUUUGAGGAUCCUUCAGAAUGGCCUACAGCUGUUUCAAUCUUACAGAUGAAGAUACAAUCCCCCUCACAUUCUGGACGUGUAUCCAUUUUAGAGCACUUUAAUUUUAUAUCUCCCAAAGCAGAACUACCAUUAAAUGAGGAAAUACGAGUAAACAAUCCAGUCCGGUUUUCAGAAAUCUCUGGCUAUUGUAAUUUUUAGCUUUUCAAAGACUAAGGGAAUUUUAUUAUUUCUAAAUGUUACCUUUUAAAAAUGAUGAACCUGAACUUGAAAACUGAGAAGUAAUAGAAAUGAAGUAUUGUAUAUAACACGAUUCUCAUUAAUACGCAUUUACUAAAAGCCUCAACAACAGUGACAUGAAGAUAUUGCUGCAGAAACCAAACUCAUCAGGCCAAGCAGGUUUCUCCAUAUGCCAAACAUCUUUACAUUCAAACUCAGGUUAGGUUGUGGAUGUAAAUUGUUUCAAGUGCAUUGUAAACAAUGAAUGUUGAGGUGUGGGGUGAGAUGUGGCAAGUUAUGGUGCAGACCUCUCCUUGAAAUGAUGUUGAGUUCCCUACUUAAUAUAAUUGCAAGUGUUGCUGAUCUUAGCUCUGGACAUGAAGAAUCUUUUCCUGGGUUGUGAUACCAUCCACCUCUACUGUACAUACUCUCUCUCCAGCAUUGCAUUUCUGCUACCGUGUUCCAUGUCUCAUACUGCAAGGGUGCCAGAGAAUCCUGCUUAUGGCAGUGGGCUCUGCAUUUACUAAAAAGGUAAAAAUGAGAUGCUUAAAUGCACAGUAAGACCUGUGUAACCAUGGAACCCCAGUCUGUACUUACCCAUGCCUGGGAAAAAUGGUCUCUAGAAAUUUGCUAGGUCCUUCAGAACAUUCUAUGGCAGUGGUUCUCAACCUGUGGGUCUCCAAAUGUUUUGUCCUUCAACUCCCUGAAAACCUAACAUCUGGUAGACUGGCUGGGAUUUCUGGGAGUUGUAGGCCAAAACAUCUGGGGGCCCAUAGGUUGAGAACCACUGCUCUGUGGUAUGCUUUCCUGAAAUUUACCAUAUAGUUGUUCCAGAAGACCUAGAGGUUCCUAGUGAGGUGUCCUUUUAGGAAUUUACUAAGUCCUACCAUGUAAUUUUAUGAUAUGUUAUAAUUGAAACUGAGCUAUUUUAACGGCAUUUGAUUGUAUUGGCAGUUUCAUGUAACCAUGGUUCAGCUAGGUGAUCUGCCAUGGGUUAUGGAUUCAUAUUUUGGGUCCUAAUUUUUUUCAGAUGGUUCUCACUUUGAAAUGAAUUUGUAAGUCUUCAUAUGAAAACGGUCCAUGCAUUGGUAAUGAACAUUUUGGAUGCUUAGUUAAGAUUUACCAUUGAGAUUAUGAGACCAGUAAAACACUCAUUCUACAAUUUCCUUUUCAUCUAGCAUUAUACACUGCUGGCCUUUCACUUAGGAUCAUUUGAUAGAUUUGCUGUUUUGUUGUAAACCCAAUUGAUUGUUCUUGUUUGGAGAAGAGAUAUACUUGAUUUCAUGAUUUUCCAUGAGGAUCUUAAUUUAGAAUAAGACAAUUAAGCAUCAGUGGGAAAGGACAGGAAAUAAUGCACUAAACAGUUGUAUGAUUCAAAUGUGUGUUUUGGGUUUUUCUAAUGGAAGAACUAGAAGAAAUUGGACGCAUCUGUAGCAUCCCUCGCAAGACUUCAAAAUGUAGGACUGAAAAGGAUUCAGUAUUGUAUACAAAAGUAAACAUUGUCUACUACUACCUGUUCAUUAUUUGACUUUAACUGGUUUUCAUUUAAUAUGAUGGAGGGCCAAGCUUGUGAUCUUUGUAAGAUUAAUCAGAAACCAUUUUCUUUGUAUUCCAAAGGAAGCAGAUGUGUAUGAAGAAACUGCAAGUGCUCUUUAUAAGUUUUAUUUAAUGAUUCAGCAGUUGGAGGUUUUAAAAACUGAGAUGUACUUUACUCUGUAUCUUGUUACAAUAUAUAUAUUUUCAACCUCUGUGGUUUCCUUCUCUUUCUCCACCCCCGCUCCAAUGUCGUAAUAUGCAACAUGGGCAAAAUUAAAAAUUUAGCAAAAGCA